ACCACAUUCGUUGUUUGUUUUCCAUCUACAUUAAUUCCACUCCUAAUAAUGCACGCGACUGCUCAUGAUGCGACUGGUGCUGGCCGCCAGCCUGCAAACUGGCCAGCCCUGCAGGCUCUGGCAUUCCUCUCUCCGCCCAGUCCGUCUCCUUCGCUCGAUGCUGAUGCCAUCUUCGCUCUAUCGAGCUUCGGAGAGAUUCCAAUACUCUUGGAUAGCGGUAUCUAUCAAGAAGUGAACCAUGUGGAUAGCCAGAAAGAAGAGCCGGUGUCGGGGUUCUACCAUAUGGACGCCGGCAGUAAAGGAACCAGCCUCGAUUGCAUCAAGAGCACUCUUGAUACUGCAUCUAGAACACCUCUGCACGGCGUGGAAUUUGACAGCAAAGAGAACAGUCGUUGCACUCCAGGGACUUCCAGCUGUGAUUCACCUAUGGCUCAAAUAUCUCCUGCGGAGCCGAACAACGGCUUUUAUGAGCAAGGAUUGCCGUCUGCUACUGGCGACUCCGAUUUUACUGUUGACGCCUUCCUAGUACCUCCCUCCGUGUACGACAAAUUUUCUGCCGCUUCUUCAGUGGGUCCAGGGCAAGACUCUCUGCCAGUGUCUCCAACUGUCUCCCCUACAGGCUCCGUCACGAUAUCACCCGCGGGCUCACCGAUGUCAGCUUACUUCGUAAUUUCUCCGUCUCCGUCUCGUAUGCAGAACACCGGAUUUGCAGAGAAUGUUGCGCCGAAUGGUGGCGCUUGUCUUGGGUUGACCCCGCAUUACAGUGGCGCCUCUCGCUCGUCGUCGAGCCUGUCCAGGACGCUAUUUGGUUCUGGGUCAGUGUUCUCGCCUUCUCCCUCAAUCGUCACGAAUAGCGCAAACUCCUCACCCGCCAAGAGCGACAGAGGCCGCCUCGGAUUGAGGCGCAUUUACAAGUCUCGGAGCUGCUCUCCGAUGCAGUCAGGCAACAUCACUUCCGGGAACUCCCUUCGUGAAUCGGACGCCACCGCACCUACCUCUGAGCCUGUGACGCCUAUUGGUGGUGCUUUUGACAUACCUGUCGUAGCGCAUCGUCGCACCGACUCUAGUUCUACGACCACGUCCGCUCGAUCCGUGCGAUCUGUACGGUCUCUCCGAUCUAUUCGCUCUUGCCAUAUCUCGAGUCCUCUUGCCUCCCCCUCCCCCAGCGGAUGCGAAGCGCCCCCGUUGCCUGGAAUCCUGGGCUGGCUUCGGGACAUUCGCAUCGAGCUCUGGAUUGACCAGGAAGGUUCUGGUGCUGUUCGUCCGACUUUCACACUAAUGGGAUACACCGUCGAUCGCAGCAAAGUUGAGCAAGAUACCGGACUAGUCAAUGCUCUUACCUUUGGUCUCGCUGACUUCAAGCCUACGACUCGACAAGUAUUCACAUUCCAAACAGGUGAUCCUGACAGGCAGCCCGUUCUACGUACGCUGAGAGUUGCGGGCGAUGACCCGAAGGACUAUAUAUCGCAGCAGGCUGUGCUGACUGUCGAUUCGAACGGUGUUUAUAGUGUUCAUGGUGUAGAGUUCUUCGAUCUUCAACCUCAUCAGGCACCGCUAGUCCUCAGAUGGCAGUUCGAGUAUUUCGUACACGACAACUUGGCCGAGACCCAACAGACGAUCAUCCCUAGCGAGAUGACACUCACCCCGCUAAGGUUCUCGUGCUCCCCUGGAUUGCUCCAUCCAACGCAUGGCAAGAAGAAAGCAAGGCUUCUAAAUGUGUUUAAAAGGAGCCGCUCAGUCAAGCUCAUUGCGGAGAAAAUAGAUGUUCCGAGACCUUCUCCAGAGGCUUCGCGAACCAUGCCACUGGAGCCACAUUAUUCAAAGGAAGGCUCCGACCGUGCGGCGGAGCUUCUACACGCACAUGCUGUGCCACACCAUGCGCGACAGGGAGAAAUUCAUCAUCAGGCAACUCACGGUCUCAAGCGGUCGCCGAAGUUGACACUUCAUAUCACGGCCCCUGCCAGCUCAUCGGAGCUCGAGCUGGACGUUCGCUAAAACAAGGAACCGUAGCCAGCUAGAUGACCGCAUCUGUAUCAUCAUGGCGAUGUGGACAAUCUAUGAACAUUCUACAUUUGUACUCCAGAAUUCGAUAUGUA